AGGCACUUAACAGAGGGGCUGCUCCAAGCAGCCCUGAGAAAAGCUUUUUAUGAGGUAAAAAAUGAAGACUUCAAGGGCAGCAGCGGUGGUAAAUGUCUUGUGACAUUCACUGCUGCAGCUUCAGCUCUCCCCAGCGGCGCUGUGCACUCCCGAGCCCUGGUUGCCGGGUACCUACAGCGGAGGCUCCGGUUUUCUUCAUGUUAGACACACACGGCUGGGGCUCUCCAGGAUCGCGUGGCCGCGCUUCGGGAGGUGUUUAGAUGCUAAAUCAACAAGCAUUCAAGUGGCCAUUAAAGAAGGCGGGAUGAAAUUAAUUCAAAUUCAGGACAACGGUUGUGGAAUUAGGAAAGAAGACAUGGAGAUAGUAUGUGAGCGGUUCACCACAAGUAAACUGCAGUCAUUUGAGGACUUGUCUAAUAUUUCUACUUAUGGUUUCCGUGGGGAAGCAUUAGCAAGUAUAAGUCACGUGGCACAUGUUACUGUAACCACAAAGACAGCGGAUGAAAAAUGUGCUUACAGAGGUAGUUAUGCUGAUGGAAAACUUAAAGGUCCAUUAAAACCUUGUGCUGGCAAUCAGGGGACCCAGAUAACGGUUGAAGAUCUGUUUUAUAAUGUCUCCACUAGGCGAAAAGCACUUAAGAGUCCAAGUGAGGAACAUGCGAGAAUAGUGGAAGUAGUGAGCAGGUAUGCGAUCCACAACUCUGGCAUCAGUUUCUCUGUUAAGAAGCAAGGUGAGACCAUGGCUGAUGUGAGAACAUUAUCUAAUGCAACAACCGUAGACAAUAUACGAACUAUAUUUGGAAAUGCAGUAAGCAGGGAGUUAAUUGAAGUCUGUUGUGAAGAUUCCAAGCUGGCAUUUAAAAUGAAGGGUUAUGUGACUAAUGCCAACUAUUCAGUAAAGAAAUGCAUUUUUCUGCUGUUCAUAAAUGCAAGACUUGUAGAAUCCACUGCUUUAAAGAAAGCUAUAGAGACUGUUUAUGCUGCCUAUUUGCCAAAGAACACCCAUCCUUUCUUGUAUCUGAGCUUGGACAUAUCUCCUCAAAAUGUUGAUGUAAAUGUUCAUCCGACAAAGCAUGAAGUCCACUUCCUGCAUGAAGAAAGCAUCAUCGAAAGAGUCCAGCAACACAUAGAGAGCAAACUGCUGGGGUCAAACUGCUCCAGGAUGUACUUUACACAGACGUUGUUGCCGGGUGCAUCUAUCAGUGCUAGUGAAGUGGUGAAGCCCAUGUCGAGUACAUCUUCUGCACCUCAGAAGGCAGGUGACAAGGUGUACGCACAUCAGAUGGUACGCACAGACUCCAGGGAGCAAAAGUUGGAUGCCUUUCUUCAACCUUUGUCUGUACAAAAGCUAUCUAGUGUGCCAGCAGAAAGCCAUAUAUCCAAAGUGGUAGAAGAUCAGAAGACUGAUACAGGACAGUCACAGGACACCACUUUGGAAGAACGGAGUGAUCUUGAAAUGCUUGAUGCUUCUGAUGUCACUGCUUGUAUGAACGAGUGUGAAUUGCCACCAGACAGGACUGAAGCAAGCACAUCUUCAGACAUUGUGCCACCCAGGAAGAAAAGACCACGUGCAGAGUCAGAUGUUGAAAUGGCUGAAGAAGAGGCUGAUGGGACAGUGACAGCGGCUUCCACACCGAGGAGAAGAGUUAUCAACUUAACCAGUGUUACAAGCUUGCAGAAAGAUGUUGAAGACAAAGCUCACAGAAGCCUCCAGGACUUGCUGCGCAAUCACUCUUUUGUAGGCUGUGUAAGCCCACAAUGGGCCCUGGCUCAGUAUCAAACAAAGCUGUAUCUUUUAAAUACCACAAAGUUGAGCCAGGAGCUCUUCUAUCAAAUACUUAUUUAUGAUUUUGGGAAUUUUGGCAUAAUGAGGUUAUCUGAAUCUGCUCCAAUAUACGAUUUGGCAAUGCUGGCUUUGGACAGUUCUGAGAGUGGGUGGACAGAAGAAGAUGGACCUAAGGAAAGUCUUGCGGAAUACAUUGUUCAAUUCCUGCAGAAGAAGUCAGAAAUGCUGAAAGAUUACUUCUCCCUUGAAAUUGAUGAGGAAGGAAACCUUACAGGACUGCCACUCUUAUUGGACAACUACAUCCCACCUCUGGAAGGAUUGCCAAUGUUCAUUUUGCGAUUAGCCACUGAGGUAAAUUGGGAUGAUGAGAAGGAAUGCUUUGAAAGCUUCAGCAAGGAAUGUUCCAUGUUUUUCUCUCUAAGGAAGAAGUACAUAUUAGAGGAGACUGACCAUACAGAGGACAAGGACCCUGGGCAAGACUCUCCUUCCUGGCGAUGGACAACUGAACACAUUUUAUAUAAAGCUUUUAGGACGCACCUGUUACCUCCCAAGCCAUUUGCAGAAGAUGGAAGUAUCUUGCAGCUGGCAAACCUCCCAGACCUGUAUAAAGUGUUUGAAAGAUGUUAGCACUCGCAGUGAUGACUGCGACAGCAUUGAACUUCCAGUGCACUGUUUUUCUCAAUUUGCUGCAUGUUCUUUCUUAAUUUAUGUAUUAGAAUACGGUAUUGUAAGUCAUGGCAAAUGAUAUUCUUUGAUCACAAAGUAAGAGAGAAAUAUUAGUUGUAGAGAUCGGUUUCUCAAAUGACUUGUCUUUCACUGUUACUAGUGAGAAAGCUUACUAUUGGUGGUGAUUGCGUAUAUUAGAAUACGUGUGUAAAACUAUACUACAGGGUUUUCUUUUUGAAGAUUUGUAGCAGAUGAUUAAAUAUUGUAAAGAUGGUAAUACUGUA